AUGGGCGUUGCGAUGCCGCUUUUUGUCACAGUGCUGAAAUGUCGGAUUCCGUCGCUGCGUCGGCGAGCUCUGGAGUUGCAGCUCCGCGGACCUCCACGACAAAGCCUAUAUGUGGGUGCUUCGGCCGCUCAGCUGCUUGCUGCUCUCAUCGUGCUGGAGGAAACCGGGAAUUUGACGAGUGAGAUCCGGCCGACAGAAUUAUGGUCUCGCCCAGGAUGUGUUCCGGCGGAGGACAAUCGCGUCGUUGACUUUUCUCUUGUACCAGCGGAGGCCCUUACGCAGAGCCAUAUUCAAUGCUCUCGCUGGUGUGGCACUGGAGAAGAAAGACAGCUAGUCCACCAAGUGGUGGCGUUGUGCUCGGAGGGCCUGACGCCUCCAACCUGA